ACCUCGUUUAUCAACAGUCAAGAUUUUCACAGACGGGAAUAAGCUCAGCUCCGCAACGGCGGGAAGAGGAAUGUUUUGUUACUACUGUCCACCGUCACUUCAUCCAGCCGGACCACAUCCACCUCGGUUACCGACCUUAGAGUACCCUUUCGCGCCAACACAUCCUUAUACCAGCUAUUCAUACCAUCCUGCCAUCCAUGAUGAAAGUUUCGUACGGCGCAAGCAAAGACGCAAUCGGACCACAUUCACACUUCAGCAGCUAGAAGAACUGGAAACGGCUUUUGCUCAAACCCACUAUCCUGAUGUGUUCACGAGAGAGGAUCUUGCAAUGAAGAUCAAUCUUACCGAAGCAAGGGUACAGGUCUGGUUCCAGAACCGGCGGGCGAAAUGGCGCAAAGCGGAGCGACUGAAGGAGGAACAGCGCAAACGGGGUGGUGGGGCCGAUGGGACCGACUCACAGCUGAUGGGCGAUAAGCUCGAUACAGACAGCCGGGACUCCAGUCCCGAUAUUACUGGUGAUGCGGACGACGACGAUAUGCGAAGCUCCAGUGUGCCCCCGAUGAGUCCCCGGGUUGACUCCGAACCGGAGCGUCCCGGAUCAUCGACGCAGCUCAACUCGGCCCACUCAUUGUCGCAAUCCGCAUCCAAUAGUGCAGGAACGCCAUCACCAGGCUUGAAAUUUACUCAAUACUCCGUGCCAAGCCCAGCACCAUCCGCCUCAGCUGACUCACCGAUCGAGGUUGGUGGUCCAAUAUCUCUCACGACAACUUCUCGCACCCCACCGAAUGUUUCUCCCAAUCAGACCGCCAACUCAAUCGGUGGACUGUCCACGGUCACCACAACUCCCAGCUUCAGCAGUCAUAUCUUCGGUAGCUUCGCUGAAAGCAAUGGAGGAUUUCGACCGGUACUGGAUAAUGGACAGCCAAGGACUACGCCUCCGCUGUUCUUGCCGCCACAUCUAGCAUCGCUCAGUUCUCAAUUCACUCCACCGCUGUUUCCUAGCUUGAAAGCUGCCUUCCCUGGACUAUGUUCAUGCUGUCCGGUAAAAGCACCCACGACGACCGGCUCCUCUUCAUCACCAACAUGCAGUUCUUCUUCCCCACCCUCCACCGGCUCGGUAGUUGGUUCUUCCGCUUCCGGUCUCUCAUCGAUCACCAAUUCGGUUGUAAACAGUGGUCUCCCGGACCCUCGUUCGUCCUCUGUCGCAGAGCUCCGUAGGAAGGCACAAGAACAUUCGGCCGCUCUGCUGCACUCAUUGCAAGCAGCCGCUGCUGCUGGUCUAGCGUUUCCUGGCUUCCAUUUGCCACCGCUCACGUUACACUCAGCACUCAGCAGUGCAGGACGAAAGCCGUCCGAUCUUUUCAACGAUCUUUCCUUACAUCAUCACCAUCACCAUCAUCAUUUGGCGGCAGCAGCAGCGGCGUCGGCUGGUGCGCACCAUCUAGCUGGGGCUAGUCAUCUCGCCGGGAUGCAUCACAUUCCAAACAAUAAUAACAACAGUACCAACAACAAUAACACAACCGGUAGCAGUAGCGGAAGUCCAUCGGAAAACAGAACCAUCGUGUCCCAUGCAGACUCACCCCGAUCGCCACGAUCACUGACCAGCUCUGGCAACGAAAAGCCAGACUCUAACGAAUAAGAAGCUUUCGCUUAAAAGGCAAACAUUACAUUCCACAACCAUGCAUACACGCGAGGAAAUGCUCAUAGUGCAACCACAGCAAAUAGGUGAGCUGAAUCUUAAUUAAUCUUCAAUACUCAAUCCGUUGAAGAGUUAAAUAUCCUCUGAUGAUAUUCAUAAGAAUCUAUUCUUCGCGAUCUGCAAUAAAAAAAGCAUUCUUCAAAAGACAAAUAAAGUACGUUAAAGGAAUAGAUCUAGAAGUUGAUAUUAAUAAAAAGUACGUUUUACAUACCACUGUCUGAGGAAGAAGUUCAAAAAUUCGUAUAUUGUUAAAUAUUUUCUUUUCUAGGAAAUAGCUUCACAUGUCAUGAAACAUAAAACAUGACUUAUAGCAGCUAGGGAAACCCCCAACAAAUGUAAGAAGGGCCUGCGAAUAACAAUGAACAUCUACAUGUAGAUUAUGAUAACAUACUAAAUGCACACGUUUAAUGCUAGUGAUUAAAUAAGAAUCAAAAUGCCGACACACGCACACAUUUGUACAAAAAAAGAUUCUGCGCAGUAUUCAUUAGCAAUAACCGAACGUUUAAGAUAUCCAUACAACAGAGAAGAAAAAAAAACAGAUAGAUUUCACCAUAUUUCUUCCGGUGCCGUCUCUCAUUAGAAUGGAAAUAAUAUGCCACAUACUUAUUAAUAUAUUAACAAACUAGCAACUAAAAAUCAUAAUUUGCAUUUAAGCCGCUCAAUUUCAUGGAACGAUCCAUAAUAAUUAUUACAAUAAUAAGCAUGAGGAAAACAAAUGUAUGAAAUGUGCCAGCAAUAUUAUCACGUAUUAUGCAGCUAGAAAUAGAAAAAAACACACACACCCAUACGAUUCGUAGACUAUUAUGUCUCCCAGUGUAAGAAUUUAAGUCCAGUGAAUUUCGGGCAACACCAGCAAACAGAAGCGUACAGUUAUUCAUACUUUUAAACAUGUACAUUAGUGAAAAGUAUAAUAGAUUGGAACAGAUCACUGUAAAUCGAUGGAACUAAUUUCGUUU